AUGUCGUCUUUCCGGACCCAGCAGAAUACUGGCUCUUCUACCUAUGUCAUUGAGCUCGAGGAUCGCGGAACCUCAAAGACACAAACACCUAACAAACCUUCACCACCGCAAAGUGUGUAUAGCUUGGGCCGGCGGGAAACGCCACGUGCAAGUCACGAUCAUGAUGAAGACCGACAGGAGACUCUGCCGUCUCCGACUACGCACGUCGCGGACCAGGUUCAAAAGUGGAACUACCCUCGUAUUAACGUCGGCCGGACCAUGGGGAUGUUCUUGAGCUUCGUCGUGAUGGGGUUGAAUGAUGGAGCUUAUGGCGCUGUUAUACCUUAUCUUGAAACCUACUAUCACCUCACGUACACUGUCGUCUCGCUGAUAUUUCUCUCUCCGCUCGUCGGGUACACCCUUUCUGCCCUCCUCAACAACAGCAUCCAUCUCAAAUUUGGACAGCGCGGCGUAGCCCUCAUUGGGCCGACUUGUCACCUAAUAGCAUUCACCGUGAUUUCAGUCCACCCGCCCUGGCCGGUAAUGAUCGUUAUCUUCAUGUUCGCCGGCUUCGGCAACGGCCUCAUGGACGCUGGUUGGAAUGCUUGGGUAGGAGCCCUAGCCAACCCGAACGAGGUCUUGGGCUUCUUGCACGGAUUUUACGGAGUCGGCGCAACUCUGGGCCCGCUUAUCGCGACAACCAUGAUCACGAAAGCCAAUUGGCCUUGGUACUAUUUCUUUUAUUUCAUGAUUGCCAUAUCAGCUGUGGAGCUUAUCCUCUUGAGCACCACCUUCUGGGGCGCCACUAGCGCUGUGUUCCGUGCCGCCAAUGCGCGCACUUCGGAAGCGAAAGGCAGCCGCAUGAAGGAAGCUCUAUUGACACAACCGUCCGCUCGCGUGACAUGGAUCUGCGCCUUCUUCUUCCUCGGCUAUGUUGGCGUCGAAGUCGCUCUAGGCGGCUGGAUCGUCACCUUCAUGAUGCGUGAGCGCGAUGGUGACCCCUUCGCUUCCGGUAUGACAGCCACAGGCUUCUGGCUGGGCAUCACCGUCGGACGUUUUGUGCUCGGAUUCAUCACCCCGCGGCUCGGAGAGAAGCUCGCCAUUACCAUCUACCUCCCCCUAGCAAUGGCCCUCGAGCUCCUCUUCUGGCUCGUCCCCCAAUUCUACGUCUCUGCCGUCGCCGUCGCCCUGCAAGGUUUCUUCCUCGGGCCGCUCUUCCCCGUCGCCGUCGUCGUCGCCACCAAGCUCCUUCCAAAGCACCUUCACGUCAGUGCCAUCGGCUUUGCCGCCGCUUUCGGCGGUGGCGGUGCAGCCAUCUUCCCCUUUGCUGUGGGCGCGAUCGCGCAGGCCAAGGGUGUGCAGGUACUGCAACCGAUUGUUUUGGCAAUUCUGGGGGCGAUUUUGGCGUUGUGGAUGGGGCUGCCGAGGAUGGGAGGGAAGAGGGAGGACGAGGAGCCGAAGGGUUUCUGGGGAAGGGUCAGGGAGAGUGGGGAUGUGGUUGGCAUGAUCAGGAGGAGGCGCGGGGCGGUCGAUACGUAG